CACCAUUUGACAGCACUUGAGCGCGUACAAAAAUUCAUCUUACCCAAACGGUCGGACGUUUCGAGCUGUGUACACAAAAGGCGGCACGGUUUUUUUGAGCCGAGAAAGUAGAACCGCUCUGUAAUAUUUACGUGUGAAAGCCCCGUCUGCAGCACAGCAAGUCAAAAUGGCUACAUCACAGGAUCACUGCAUUACGCUGCAAGGUUCCGCGGCCAUCAUCCACGAGUAUCUGAAGUAUAGCUCGCACUCGAUCAUCUUUCAGCGGGGCAUCUAUCCGGCCAGCGACUUCCAGCCGAUAGAUUACAACGGUGUGCCGAUGAUGGUUUCGCGCGACCCGCGCAUCAAAGAGUACAUCGACUUGAUCAUGGAGCAGGUCCACGAUUUGAUCAUGAAGCGGAUGAUUACCAAGGUGACGAUGUGCAUCGUGACGGUGGAGAGCAAGGAGGUGGUGGAGCGCUGGGACUUUAACAUCCAGCCGACGUACGACGGGGAGCAGGGCGAGGAGCCGGCCGUACCGAAGGAACUGAAGAAGAUCCAGUCGGAGAUACGGGACGUGAUGCGGCAGAUCGUGGCCACGAUCAGCUUUCUGCCCUGUCUCGACCAACGCUGCACCUUCGACAUCAUGCUGCACACGGUCGGCGAGGUGUUCGAGGCCAACCCGACCAUGAUCAAGCAGUUCCGUGAGGAAGAUAUGGCCAGCAUCGAGAUCGAGGGUGCGCAAACGAUCGCGCUGAAGCAGUUCAGCACCGGGCUGCAGACGGUUGACACGAAGGUGGUGUACCGGGUGACCGAUCCCUAGUGGACAGGCGACCAACCGACCUUUGGCCUUUGUUUUAUUACCAGUUUAAGUAUUUUUUUAAUCUUUUUUGCAUGCAUAAAUAUUGACAUAAAGUGGCUGUGAUGGGUGGGAGACAGCGAGCAUUUGUUAAUAAGACGAUGAUAUCGAGCUGAAAA